ACGAUAGACACAUUUGUUCUUCAUCCAGCUGAACAGACUUGAAGGAUGACUGGCUCCAAAUCCUCCCAGACGACCCGUAAUGUGGUGAUAGCCUGCCUGGCACUGUGGUCUGUCAUCUCUUUAAUUAUCAUCGUGGUGUGGGCCACUUCUCCAGAUCUGAAAGGGGCCCAUCAGUGUCGGUCUGAGCUCGAAGAGCAGCGGAGAGAAUAUGAAAAAGCCAGGGUGACUUGGGAAAACACACAGAAAGUUCUAGAGGAACAGGUGAAUCAGGGGCGGGAGAACCAGAGCACUCUACAGAACCAGAUCCAGCUGCUCAACCAACAUCUCACAGAACUCAAUGCAACACUUGGAGAGUGUCAACAGGAAAAUGUAAUUUUGAGAGAAAACAUCACAGCGCUGGAAAAUGAGAUUGAAGCACACAUACGUACAGAGGCAAACCUCACUUCAGAGAUUGCUCUGCAGAAAGAGCAGAUUGAAUGCCUGCAGCUGAAUCUGACACAGACUCAGCACAGCCUGGAGGCCUGUGCAGCGCGGCAGAGUGCAGCCGAGAGCCUGAUGACAGCUGCCAAGAAAGACACAGAAGCCUGUCAGUCCUCAAAACAGUUCCUCCAGAAACAGAUUCAAAAGUGCAAAAGCACACAGCACGACCCGCCAGAAAACAGUGCCCCCGUUUCCGCUCUGGGCAGCGCUCUGUUCCUGGUCAUCAUCCUCAGUCUAAACCUGUUUCUCACAUUGUUGGUGUGCUAAAUACAUGGAUACACAUUCCGGUCCAACACUGUUCCCCAGGCCACGCACCGGGAGAGAGAGAGAGUGUGACCUGGUCCUGAAGCACACCAAACCAUAUGAAAACAUACUGCUGUAGAAAUGAGCAAGAUGGAAGGACAGAAAUGCUUCUUUAAUGAUGCUGUCAUAAACAAACAACCAAAAAAUCUGCUCCACUCAUGCACAGAGAGUGAAUGAAAGACACAAAUGAAUUAUGAUUGAAAUAUUGCUUGUGUUGGCUUUACUUUCAUGUGACCAGUUACAUUAAUGUUCUUUAACAAAAUUCAUAUAUUUUCACAUAUGUC